UAGAAACCGGACCGGGACGUUGCCGGAACUUUUGAAGCUGGAACUGAUUUGCUUGAAUUGAAGUGAAGUUGGCUCACCACCGAAGAUGACAGCGCCGCGAACCCCGCCGUUCAUGGAGACAACUCUUCGCUUUACUCCGCAACACUUCGGAAGCAGGCCCAUCCAACUUCGAGAUAAACUUGGCAAAGAGAAUUUCUGGUUAUGCAGCCGCCCUUCGAAACUCCAAGUGUCCCGCAAGGGGCACACGCUGGACUCCGCUGCACAUCCUCUCUUAUCGGUUUCCAGACCUAUUCUGUCACGCUCACGUCGACAAUUCUCUGUGAAUUCUGCGGAUAAACUUCGAAGUGAUAUGGUGAAUGCUGAACCAGCGUCUGUCAUUGAAGUUGUGUCACCAAGACAAGAUGAUGGAGACUCUCGUUCUAGUUCAACUGAUCUCGUUGACGAUGAUGUUGUGUUGCUUCCCCAAGCUAAGAUGUUCCGAAAUAGGUUUCUGAAUUUUGUUAGGAUAAGUUCUGUAAUCAACGAUGCUGCAGGGGCAUUUUUCAAGAGUGAAAUAAGGCGCCGGUUAUUUGUCACAGCUGCAUUGAUUGUGGUCAGUCGUAUUGGAUACUAUAUUCCGUUGCCUGGUUUCGAUAGAAGGUUGAUACCUCGAGACUACCUUAGUUUUGUCUCAGGAUCUGUUGAUGAACUCGGUGACUUAACAGCAGAGCUUAAGUUGUCAUUCUUUCAGCUUGGAAUCAGCCCACAGAUAUUAGCGUCGAUACUCAUGCAGGUCCUCUGUCAUGUACUUCCUUCACUCAUAAAGCUGCGAAAAGAAGGCUUGGAUGGCCAUGAGAAGAUUAAGAGAUAUAUAUGGUGGAUUUCACUUGGCUUUGCUACUUUGGAAGCUGUGGUGGUUGCUUGUUAUUCACUUCCCUAUUCUGUAUAUGCAGCUAGUUCCAGGUUCAAGCAUGUAAUGCUGACAUCUCUUCUGUUGGUCUGUGGUGCAAUGACUGUGACGUGGAUUUGUGACACGAUAUCAGAAUCUGGGUUUGGUCAAGGAUCAUCUUUAAUCAUAUGUGUUGGAAUUUUGACCGGCUACACUGAUACACUGCACAAGAUGUUGUCUCAACUGUCAGGGAGUGCCCAUACUUGGUUACCCUAUGUCUUUGGCCUGUUGGGCGUUUUUACUGUGGUCACUAUGUGGGCAGUUGUUGUCACUGAGGGCUGUAGGAAAAUAAAGCUGCAGUACUAUGGUUUUAAACUUGCUUCAGCUGCAAGAGAUGAUUCUGCAAUCACGGAAGUGGAGCCUUACGUCUUGUUCAAUAUUAAUCCAUCAGGAAUGCAGCCUCUUCUCACGACAACUUAUCUCUUAGCCAUUCCCAGUAUUAUUGCAGGUAUCCUCGGUUCACCUUUCUGGGAGCAUGUUAAGGAGAUACUGAACCCCCGAAGUUCUGUGGGUGCUGAGCCUUGGGUUUAUUAUACCAUAUAUGCGUUCUUGGUCUUCCUGUUCAACAUUUUUGAUAUUGCCAACCUACCAAAGGAGAUUGCGGACUACUUAAAUAAGAUGGGUGCCAGGAUACCAAACAUAAAGCCUGGCAAGGCUACCAUCGAGUAUCUGACAAAGAUUCAAGCAUCUACCCGUUUCUGGGGAGGGCUUUUGUUGAGUAUGUUGGCAACCAUGUCAAGCAUACUUGAUCAUUAUCUACGCAGCAUAAACGAGGGAUUCGCUAUCGGGUUUACAUCCGUUCUUAUUAUCGUUGGUUCUAUAAUCGAACUAAGAAGAUCCUACCAGGCCUACAAUGUCAUGCCCAGUUUGAGCAAAGCAUUGAGGCGGUAUGGUGUAUAGCAACUGAUGAAAGGUGUUGGGCUUUCUUGAAUGCUAAAUCAUGUGCAGUGAAGGUUUUCAUUGCAAGGAGGUUCUUCAUUUCUUCUGCAGUAUUACAUGUGGAACCGCUCCGCUCCGUUCCGUUGAUAGCUACCAUCUUGGGCAUAAUUUAUUCAUGGAAACAGAUGCUGUUUAUGUGGCAAGUUUAUGGCAAGGGUUCAUCUAGCAAAUACAACAGCAACAAUGCCGAAGCAUCCUCUUCUGUCCAAGUCCUAAGGGUGAAAUGAAGUCGGACAUAAGUUUUUGGGUUUCUGUAGCGUGCUAUUUUGUCUGUUGAUGUGCACUCCAGUGGCUGUUUGUGCGCAAGCAAGCAAUCAAUCUUCAUUUGCUCGGAAGACGGUAGCUUUUCCUUCGACUCUCCACUUCAUCCAAAGUGGCUUGAAGUCGGGUAAGACGUAAGAGUAGCUGGCAUUGGCAUCGCAUAAUAACAUUUCCCAAUUAUGUUAGGUUGUCCAGCAAAUAUUCUAGGCAAGUGACGUUAAAAUUCACGGCCUGUCAUUUGGCGCAUUCUUCUCAGUUGAAUUUUUAUUAUUACUUCCUGACAAUAAUAAUCUGAAAGCCGAGCGAUGUCGAUAUUCACCGACGCCAGAAAUAACAAAGAUAGCCGAAGACGAAAAAUGAUAUAAUGG